GUAGUAUUGCGAGCCAGCAUUGGAACGCAGUAUAUCGCAAGACUUCAUCGCCACUAGUUUCGAAUUCUGCCCGUUGGAAUCUCUACAGUUGACCGCGUGUGUUCGUGUGUGUUCGUGACGAGAGUGACGCAGUGCCGUAGUGGAAGAGGAAGGAGCAGCCCCGAGUUGGUAGCCAAAAGUGAGAUCAUUCUUCGCUCAUCCGUACUUUGGAACGCCGAUAAAUUGUGCUGCAGUAGUGACAACUGUUGGUGGAAAAACGGACAAGUAAUACUAAGAAAAAGCUAGGUCAUUUGGAGGCCAGACAUCGGGCGCCUCCCCAGAUCGAUUGUGUUAUAGCAGGACUAUUUGACCGGAAGGAAGUUCCAACCAGAAGACAUCAUGUUCAGCGGAUUCACAGGAGGAGCAAAAUCUUCGCUCAAAAACCUUGGCAGCAAGGCCGAGAGUCUCUUCGAGAAAAAGAAGAAGGAAACCUCGGAAAUGGCCGUUGAGAAAGCCGCCACAGCACAGAAUUUGGCCGAGGAGCAGGUGAAGAAAACGCAGGAAGCGUUCGAACAGACCAAGCAGGAGUCCGAAAAGCUAGCCAACGAUACGGCAUCCGCGGUUGAGGACGCCAAACAGAAGGCAUCUGCCGUAGCAGAUGAGACUGAAAAGGCUGCCGGUACUCUAAUGGAUCACGCCAAGCAGGCCGCCGAGAAUGCUGCCCAGGAAUCCGCCAAAGUAAUUGAACAGGCCGCUGAGGAACAGAUGAAGGUGGCCGAAGAGAAGGCAGAUGAAGCUAUCAAAGUGUUAAAUGAUGAAGCUGACAAGAAGCUGCAGGAUGCAAAUCAAUACGCGGAUGGAAAACGAGGAGAGGUUGUUCAGACCAUCAAGGAGACCGUUGGCAAGGCACAGGAUUCGGCAACAUCCACCGCAACUAAUCUUCUAGGAAAAAUGCACAUUGGAAAGUAAGAUCUGUGACCCGCCCCCUGUUUUUGGAUAAGAGUUUUACGAACAACAAGUACCGAUGAUGUACACGAUAAAUGUUUCUGAGUCUCCAACGAUGAUAUUAUAAUAGUAGUAGCUUUAAAGUUUAAGAAAUAAGCAUGUUUACUAUUGAGAGCAUUGUAAUCAACAGUUUGUUGUAAGCUACAUAAUCAAAAAAAAAACUGUUAUACCACACGACAGAUAUUGCGGCGCACACACUCAAAUUUUAACGCUUAUACAAGUUCAAAGCAGAACGGCCUUGCUACGCGAAUCUCACAAAUGAAAAUACCGUGAUGCAGAAGAUAUAUAAAACGAAAAUGUCCUUUAUGAAGCGGAAACGCGAUUGCCUCAACAUUUUUUUUGACUAGUCCAUACAAUGAACAAAACCGUAGGAAAGGUUUGUAGUGUGUUUUUUUUACCUUUUUAAACAAUAUAAAUACAUAUGAAGAAACAAACAAUUAUAACUGAGGCUUCUCGGGCAAAAUUUACUUUUUAAAAUAUUAUACAGAUUAGCACAAUCGAAAAAAAAAGAUGUCAAUAAAUGUUCUAAAAAAUCUAA